GUUGACCGACGGAGUCAACUUAAAGUAUCAGACCUUUCCCUUGAGGCAAGAACUCCUUUUCUUUCUUUCUUACUACUGUCUAAAGCAAAACCUCUUUCUCCCACACACGUGAACUAUUCUAUGCCCAAAAUAGGCACAGAAUACUUGAGUCACAGGUCGAGAACCAUCCUCAUUUAUUUCAAUACACUCCAUACAAUCAAUCUCAUCGUUUGAGAUUCCCUCACAAAUAAGGUUCCACUUCAUACCACGGACAAGGCUACCAUUUUACCCCUCCAACACCACGAUUCCCAAAAAGCCGUAGCAAUGUCUUUCAACAAUUCCUCCACUUUCCAAACCUUCGUCAUCACUCAGGCAUUCCUGGGUGCCCCUCUCACUUUCACUCCUGCAUUGGGUUCCGUCGAACUCGAGCAGAUGAUCGAUGCUUACAUCCCCGGUCCAGCUUCCAAAUCCGAGAAGUUGUCCGAAGUAACCAUCGAUUUCUACAACCACGCAACCGUGGACCUCAACACCGGUUCUUUGGUCCGUUCCUACCACGUUUUCCCAUUCUCCUACUUUGAGCAAUCUCCAACGGAAUCUCAAUCCUCGGGAUUCAGCCCUGCUGUCUACACCCCUACUUCUUCCGCCCAUGGAUCUUUCACUGCUCCGGUUCGAAAGGCUUCCUCUUCAGGUAGAGUUUCGAAGAGUAAGAAGGCGAAGAAGGAUGUGAAGAAGGUUGAUGAGCCACGUUUGCCGGGUUUCUCGAUCAUGACGAGAGAUGGGGUUGAUGUGACUAGCACGCCUGGUAGAGGUACUAAGACCAAGGAGCAGCGAGAACAUGCUCAUCUUAUGCGUAUUAUGAAGGCAUGUGAUGCGUGUAAGAAGAAGAAGAUUAGGGUAAGUAUCGUUCAUUUCCCUUUCUUACCUGUCGUUUCCCCGAUACUCUCGAAGUGAUCAACCUUUGUAUAUUUGAUCGUUAUUUCAUUACUAUAAUUCCUUUGAGAAUUGAAUACUUAAAAUUUAAAAUAGUGCGAUCCAUCUCACCGACGAUCCACCACAGAAAUGUCCCGCACCCCGUCCAACAACACCAAAACUUCCACAUCUUCAAGCCAGGCCAACCCAAGUCCACCGGCCGCCCCUUCAAUAACAGCAUCUGAUUCAUUCUCAUCUCAGAACGCAACAUCAUCAUUCAACACAAUUGAUGAUUUCGUUCUCUUCCCAGAAGGAGACAACACAGCAUGGAACAAAUUGGACAUGUCUUUCCCCACCACCGAUUCUACAGACUUGAGCCAAUUCAAUUUCGACAUCGGUCUAGAUCUUUCUUACUCACCCAUGAACAUGUCCUUCAACCAAAACCAAAACCAAUUCUCAAACAAUUUCCUACCUGGAUACGACAUGAACUUUGACGACUUCCUUUCUCCCACAUCAUCAUUUGGCACCGAUCAAUUCCUAGAUUCUACAGCGAGCGUUUCUCACACCAUAUCCCACCCAUCCCUGUCAACGCAAGACUCGGGCCAGGUUGAAAACAGCCAACAGCAACUCCUUGAUUGGUGCGGCUCAGGCGACGGCCUCCAAGUAACAUGCGUCAAAUCCCACAAUACAAAUGCCUCGGACGGCUUCGACAUGGUGGAAUCACCGUCGAGCAUUUCGAGCUUCUCCAGAUCUGAAACGGGUGUAAAUACACCAUCUAGUUCACAGCUAGAAUCACCAAUGGCCACGCCACUCAUUCGAUCAGAAUCCCAGAGCAGCGAGUUAUUCGUUAGAGAAGCAGGGAAUAACGCACCCAAAUCUGGCCAAAUGGCACGCAGGUCACUUGCGAGCACACAAUCUAGCUCACAACUAGAAAUACCACUGUCCAGUCCACUUCUUCCGUCAGAUUCCCUGAACAGUCGACCGCUCUUCUCAGAACGACGACAUCCCGGUAGCGGCGGCGAGAGCUCGCUUAUACAAUCGCUAAGCCUCCAACCAUCCCCCGUUCAACUAUCUGUUUCGAAUACCUCUCGAAGCUCACCAAGCUCGGUGUUCUCCAACAGACAUCAACAAUGGGUUAGUCCGAACAGAGUUGGGCUAGAUGCGAUUAGGAAAUCGGAAGAGAAUGCGCUGGCACCGAGUGAUGUUGUGCAAAGCCAGAGUGGUCUGCAACUACCUGGUUCACCAUCACUUCAAGAAUCUGUUCUGAGAACAAUGUCAAGUCCAAGAUCCAUGACAAAGGAUGGCUUCCAGCUAUUUACUGCCUCAUCCCAACUAACAGAAGGAAAGAUUGCAGUGAACCCAGAUGGUCUACUGCCCUCAGUUGUACAAAUUGCGAGAAGCCUAGCGAACCUGCACCUUACGGAUGCUAGGAAUGCGAGAAACCAGCCCCCAGAUGAGCCACAAUUGUCAGAUGGCAACAAUGCUACUGUGCAAAGCUGCUCAAGUAGCCCACUAGGAAGCAAUGCACCUUGCGAGAGUCUUCUCAGCGGAUCUGAUCUACAAGGUUCUGAGCGAGGAUACAGACACGCUUCACGAAGACCAGCAGGGAAUUACGAUGGUCUGGAACGAAUAUCAAUUAGCCUACAAAAGCAAGAACUCCUAGUUUACAAGAUCCCCGCCAUCGUUGCGGCAGCACCAGCUGUUGGAACAUCAAAGAUAUCAUUCCGCCAACCACGUCCAGCAUUGUCAUCCACCACCUCGCCCGCUCUACUGGCCUCCUCCUCCCAGAGCUUGACUACCGAUCCUGGCGCAUACUUGCCCGCAAAGACGGAGCCCCGCACAUUGCUGGUUCCUGCGACGCCAACACUGGCGUACAAAUCUGGAUCCUCUUCUGGUGUCAACCUAGCCAUGACUGCUCUGAUGAAUGUCAUGAUAUCUUUGGGCUCGCUAAUCCUCGUGGCUCUCAGUCUCUCCCUCGCAUACAGCACUUCUCUGUUGGCCGCAUGGACGACGCCCGCAAUUGCAGUGGCAACUUGUCUUUCAAGCACCUUUCGGAGAAUGGGACGCAUAAACGGCUUCAAGAGCCAUGCCAGACAUGAGAACUUACUUCGUCUAAGCUUGUAGCUCAGAUGAUGAAUCUUGACUCGGACGUCACGCAAUGAGAGGACCUUCGCCAAUCUUUCUUUUCCCACUUCAAUAUCCAACUCGAUGUCGAUGCCUCGUUCAUCCAACUCGAACGAGGCGAUACCUUCAUCGGCGAGCCACAGUAAUCCACUGUGGGCACGCAUCCAAUACCCCACCUCGUCGGCUCUCACACUGAGACCCUGGAUCUUGACAGUCACCAAACUAGCUACCGUACUCACCGUCCUAAAUCGCCGCUUAUGAAUAGUCAAAUCAUUAUACGUCUCCACCUUGAGCCUAAAAGGCAAGAACGACGAGUUAUUGAUCGUCCUUCCGGGCUCAAUGAUCAAAUUCUCCAACAACAAAUCAACUUCCGGCGCCGAGAUCUCCAGACGGGGAAUGGGGAUGAAUUGAAUAGCUUGGAUGAGCAUGGGGAUGAAGAUCGUGUAGCUAUCCUGGAACAGCUCCGUGUUGGAGUGGACAUUUAGCGGAUUGAGGAUCUGCCAGAGCUUGAAGCUCGUGGAGAGUAGCGUAGAUACAUCCUGAUCAUUGAGCACUGAAUGAAAAGUCCGUUUUCCUUGCUGUAAUAACCGUUCCGUAUCUUUCUUCAGUGGUGAUUCAUUGGCGCUUUCUCCUGUUUCACUGUGUUUCUCCUUCAGGGCAUCGACUGCUGUGGAUGGCUCGUCGAAGAACUCGGGAUCUGUGAACAUUUUCUGGAUGGAAGAGGCGAGUUCUUCCAUCAUGUUUUCAAAUUCCGGGUCCUUGCUAGCGUGAGACAUUACGGCGUUGAAUCGCCUUUCUAGUUCUUCCCAUUCCUUCUUCGAGCCGAAUGUUGAGAGGAGUAACCAGCCGUUUUUCGCGGCUCGAUCUAGUUCAUCGUUUGUCUCGACGUCGUCUUGGACUAUUGAGAGAGUCUUAUCCAGAGCUCGGGAGUAGACUUUCGCGUACCGCUGGAUGAGAGUUGAGAGUGUGGAAACUGAGGAGUUGUAAUCGGGUUUCUGGGUAAGUCGUGCCACGGCUGCUUUCAGAUGUCGCAACAUAGUCGAUUUAUUUUCCUCAGCUGUGAGGUUGUCGCGGGUGCUUGUUAGUGCUUCCCCUGCGGUUUGUUUGAGUCCGUCUGUCACGACAAUUGCAAUUUGCUCCGCGUCUUCCUCGAGGUCUUGAGUUGUUGGGGUUUUGGGGGGUGUGUGAUGGGUGGAGACGUUUUCUGUGCUUUUGCUUUUGAGAGCUGCAUUCUCCGAGUUGGAUGGUUCGACUUGGUCGGCGGCUUCGGAGGCGACUGUCGAGAGGGUGUUGGCUGUGUCUGCGAAGACUUGUUUGGAGAUUGUGGUUAGGUCUGUGAGGAACAGGCGGAAUGAGGAGUUGCUGAGGAGGAGGGUUGCUACGGUGCGGAUGGAUUCGUAGCCUUUGGUUUAGUUGUUAGUUGAUUUUUUAAACUUGAAUCAAUUGGCCAGCAGGUAGACCGGUAGUUGGGAAAUUUACCAGCAGAAACAUCCGCCUUCGCUCUCGCUUUACUUGCUGUCCGCGCAAGAUCCUGUACAUCAACUCUCACCCUCGCUUGCAACAGAAACCACACGAAAUCCUGGAUCUGAUCCCUUCCAUUCUUAUGCUCGAGUAGCUCCACGAAAUCUGUUAACCAUUGUCUCGUGUAUUUGGUCAGGAGUCUUCCACUGUUUGUUAGACCUGGUGUGGAGGGAUUGAGGACAUCAGCUGCGAGGAAGGUCCGUAGGUUUGCAACUGCUUGCUCAGUACUGGGCAUGUAACCCUUGGAAAGAGCUCGGAAUUGCUGGUAUGAAUGAAGUUUUUGGUGGGCGGUGCGUUGGAGAGAAGUGUCGUCUGAGUAAACUGGGAGGAGAGGUUCUGUUUCUCCAUUUCGAUAGGACUUUUUGCGGGAACCGAAGCAGCAAGAUGACAUUUUGAGGAUGAAAUGGGCGUUUGAUGGAUUGAUACAGAGAUUGAGAUUAUUUUGUAGUUGACGAAAUUUUCAAAAUUGAAGUUAAAAUAGAUUUGAGGAUUCAAUUGACGAGG